CAAAAUACCGACGUUUCAGCACGAGAAGAACAACCCGGAAGCGGCAGUCAAGGCGGAAGUGCAGAAAUGGAGGCGGCCGUGUUCAUUUUAUCCCUCGUCGACUGCUGCGCUUUAAUAUUCCUCUCCGUCUAUUUUAUAAUUACUCUAUCAGAUCUGGAAUGUGACUACAUCAAUGCUCGAGCCUGCUGCUCCAAGUUAAACAAGUGGGUGAUUCCCGAGCUGAUCGCUCAGGCUCUGCCCACAGUCUUAAUGCUGGUCUCCAUGCACUGGUUUGUGCUCCUGCUCAACUUGCCUGUGGCUGCGUGGAACAUUUACAGAUUUGUGAAGGUGCCGAUGGGGAACAUGGGAGUUUACGACCCAACGGAGAUCCACAACCGAGGCCAGCUGAAGACCCACAUGAAGGAGGCCAUGAUCAAACUGGGUUUCCACCUGCUCUGCUUUUUCAUCUACCUGUACAGUAUGAUCCUGGCGCUCAUCAACGACUGACCACACACACACACACAACUGCCGCCUACGCAGAUCCAGGAUCAGCCCAAACCCUGCUCCACUUCCACUGAUGAAGAUGAAGAUUCACCCUAUUUCUGUCCAUCCACAACUGCUGCUCAGGGCUGAAGCUUCAAGACAAUCUCACACACACACACACACACUUACAGCUCACAUUCAUCCCCAAGAGAACACACAAUAUUCGGCAUUAGGAUAACUGGAUACUUUUGCCACUAUGAGAAUAUUUGCAUGACAAUUAAGCAUAUUUUAAUUUGCAUAAUGACUGUUUUCUUAUUACACUCCACGUUUGUUCUGUUGUUUUAAAAUGAAUGCAUAUUAUUAAAUUUAUUAUAAUAAUACAAUUAUUUUAUUAACAUUAUUGUUUUUAAAUAUUGUUAUUACAAAUUAUGACACGUUAAUAUUAUUAUUGUAACUCAUGGUGACCAACAAUACCUUGUUUUAAGAAUAUAAAAAAUAUGUUAAUGAGCAGUGCAAUUACACACAAAUUUGGGUCAUUUGCAUAUUUCUCAUCAUUUGUUUUCAAUCUUAACUGCUGUAUUAUUUUUAUAGGUUUAAAAUAUUCAUAAAAGUCAACAAAACGGAUUCAAGUUAAUACUAUUAUUGUAAUUAAUAAUAAUAAUAAUAAUGUUUAAAGAAUACAAAUAAAGUUAAAGUAGGAUUUAUUUCAGUCAUAUUCAAAAAAAAUUAAGAGUUUACAUUAUUGUUGUUAAAAUAUUCAAUAAAUAUCAUCAUCAUUUACUAAUAAUACUAACAAUGCAAAUUAUAAGUAAUAGUAUUGUAAUUAAUAAUGACUAGAAAUAAUAAUAAUACAAAUUAUGACACACAUUAAUAAUAUUGAAGUUCAUGGUUGACUGCUAAUAACUUCCCUUAUGUUUUAAGAAUGUUAAAUAUGUUAAUGAGCAGUACAAUUAAAACACAGAUUCGGGUCGUUUGCAUACUUCUCAUCAUAAUGAAGACUAGAUUUGUUUUCGAUCUUAACAACUGUAUUAUUUUUAUAUGAUUAAACUAUUCAUAAAAGUCUUUGUACUCAACAAAACGGAUUCAAGUUAAUACUGUUAUUGUAAUUAAUAAUAAUAAUGUUUUACGAAUACAAAUAAAGUUAAAAAGCAGGAUUUAUUUCAGUCAUAUUCAAAAAAACUAAUUAAGUUUUUUAAAUUAACUAAAUAAUCAUUUGCAUAUUUCUUUUAUUGUAAUGAGGCUAGAUUUUUUGCAAUCUUAACCACUGUAUCAUUUUUAGGAUUCAAAUAUGUAAUACAGAUUCAAACAAAUGCUGUUAUUGUAAUAAAUAAUGACUAAUAAUAAUAUUGUUUUAGGAAUCAAGUUAAAAGGCAGGAUUUAUUUUGUAAUAUAAAAAAAAUAAAGUUUACAGAAUUGUUAAAAUAUUCCUUAAAUAUCAUGAGUAUUCACUAAUAAUGCUAACAAUACAAAUAAUAAGUAAUGUAUAGUAAUAAUACCGUAAUUAAUAAUGACUAGGAUUAUGGUUUAAGAAUAAUAAAUAAAAGCAGCACAAAAUUUUGACCAUUUACAUCAUAUUUCUUGUGUAUUAUAAUGAAAACUUUGAUUUAUAGGGCAAUCCUGUGAAGCUUUAUUUUGAUGGUCCCGAUUGCACAUUAUGUUGACUAAAAGUUUCAUUGCAACUGCAUGGCAGGUAAUUCUCAUGAGUAUAAAUCGACUGUCUGCUUAAUAUGUGCUGAUGCUGCUCCUUCAACACAUUUAACUGACUAAACUGCAAGAACAUGUCAACUUACAUUAACCCAAACCGUCUGCUUAUAAUCUAAUGGGAACUAGUUGGCAUGUAGAUGCAAUGUAGCUUAAUUCAACAAAAUGUGUCAAAGGGACCAUCAAAAUAAAGUGAUGCCAACUUUAUUAUUGAAAAACAUAUUUAUUAUUGCCCAAUAUUACUAACAAUAAUUAAUACAAAUAAAUGAUCAUUAUAAAGCACAAAUAUCAGCGUUUUUUUUGCAUUCUGGAGCUUAAAAUGUGCUUAAUUGUCAUGUAAAUAAAGAUCACAAUUUUAUUGAUUAUUUUUUUUAUGAUUUAUGUUUUGCCACACUGAUUUGCAUGCAUUUUUUAAAUCACUGUUUGGGAGGUUUUGGGUGUGUGAAAUAUUUGUGGGUUUAUUGACUUCUGCUCAUCUCAUCUGACUCCAGCAGAUUUGAGAAAUGCGGCUCCUCCUGCUUUUCUCGUCAGAUCGCUAAACCUGAUGUUUUAAAUGCGUUUAAGUGACGGUCAGUCUCACUAAACCAGUCGUGAAUGCAUCAUUUUUGAGGCUGAAAUCAGUGUUUGUUAAGUUUAUAUUAAAAGUUUCAUUUGCAGCCUGUUUACAGUCAUUUUAUUUUACAUUACUGUCAUUGAUAUUUAAAGGGACAGUUCACCCAAAAAUGAACUUCCUGAGGGUGAGUCAAUGGCUGCUUUUUUCAUUUCUGGGUGAAUUAUUCCUUUAAAUAUCAUUUACAGUCAUGCAAAAUACUAAAUAACUUAAUGUUUGUAAACCGGCUGCAAUCAAAACAUUACUGUUAUUAAUAUUUAAAGGGAUAGAGUAUGUAGGAAACUUGUAACCAUCGACUUUCAUAGUAUGUUUUUCCUACUUUAGAAGUUAACUGCUUUCUAACAUUCUUAAACAAACAAUAGUUGAUGGUUACAGGUCUUCAAACUAUCUUUUGUGUUCAAAAAGAAGAGACUUUGAAGAAUGCUAGAAACUGAUUAACUUCCAAAAUAGGAAAAACAAAUGCUCUGAAAGUCGAUGGUUACAGGUUUACAAAAUUUUCAUAGUAUUUGUUUUUCCUAUUUUGGAACUUAACCGUUUUUUUUUUUUACAUCUUUUUGAACACUUAAUAAAGUCAAUGGUUACAGUUUUCAAACUAUCUUUAGUGUUCGUAAAGAAGAGACUUUGAAGAAUGUUAGAAACCAGAUAACUUUCAAAAUAGGAAAAACAAAUAAUGUGAAAGUCAAUGGUUACAGGUUUCCAACAUUUUUCACAGUGUUUGUUUUUUUUUAUUUUGAAAGAUAACCGGUUUCUAACAUUCUUUAAAGUCUCUUUUUAAACACAAGAGAUAGUUUGAAAAAAUGUUGGAAACCUGUAACCAUUGACUAUAUUUUUUGUUUAAAAAGAAGAAAGUUAGAAACCAGAUAAGUUCCAAAGUAAGAAAAACAAAUGCUAUAAAAGUCAAUGGUUACAGGUUUCCAACAUUUUUUAAACUAUCUUUUGUUCAAAAGGAAGACACUUUGAAGAAUGUUAGAAACUAUUUAACUUCUAAAAUAGGAAAAACAAAAACUAUGAAAGUCGAUGGUUACAGGUUUCCAACAUUUUUCAUAGUAUUUUUUUUUUUUUUAUAUUUUGGAAGUUAACUGGUUUCUAACAUUUUUCAAAGUCUCUUCUUUUUGAACACAAAAGAUAGUAUGAAAAAUGUUGGAAACCUGUUACCCUUGACUUUCAUAGUAUUUGUUUUGGUUUAUAUUGAAAGUUUCGAUUGCAGCCUGUUUACAGCCAUUUUAUUUUACAUUACUGUCAUUGAUAUUUAAAGGGACAGUUCACCCAAAAAGGAGCACUCUUUACCCUCAGUAUGUUUCUAAACCAGGGGUGUCCAAACUCGGUCCUGAAGGGCUGGUGUCCUGCAUAUUUUAGUUCAAACCACAAUUAAACACACCAGAAUCAGCUAAUCAAGUUCUUUCUAGGUGUACUAGAAACCUCCAUCACCGAGUUUAGACACCCCUGUUCUAAACCCAUAGAAAUGUCUUUGACAGCCCAAUUUACUGCCAUAAUAGACAAAAUAAACGCGAUGGGAGUGGCAGGAUCUGUUUGGAUACCGAUAUUCUUACUGAUAUCAUCCCUUGUGUUUGUGCAGAGGGAAACUUGAAACUAGUUUGGAUCAAAGAAGGAUUAAGUAAAUCAGUAAAUGAUGGAGAAAAUUAAAUUUUGGGGUGAACCGUCCCUUUAAGGAGAAUUUUCUGUAUGCUUUUUUAAAUUCUAAAAUGCAUUUAUUUCUUGAUUCUAGGAUUUGUUAUGCUGCCUGCAGAUUUAAAAUUCAUAUCAAAAUAAAAAUAAUGAUGCAAUAUAGUGCACACACACACACAAACACAUACACACACACACACAAACAUUCUUUAAAAAAAAAAAAAAUGAAAACAGCUGCCAUUUAUAAGGGGUAGUUCACCCAAAACUGACAAUUCUGUAAUGUUUUAUUCACCCUUUAAAUGUUUGAAACCAGCCAGAGUUUCUUUAAUCUGUUGAACACAAAAGAUAAUUUGAAAACUGUUGGAAACCUGUAAGCAUUGACUUGUCAUGUUUCUAACAUUCUUCAAAGCGUCUUUAAAGAGAGUCAAUGGUUACAGGUUUCAAACACUAUGAAAAAUGUUGGUUUUUCUAAUUUGAAAGUUAACAGGCUUCUAACAUUCUUCAAAGUAUCUUCUUUUUGAACACAAAAGAGUUUGAUAGUCAGUGGUUACAGGUUGCCAACAUUUUUCUAACUAUCUUUAGUGUUUAAAAAAAAAAAAAAAGACACUUCGAAGAUUGUUAGAAACUGGUUAACUUCCAAAAUAGGAAAAACAAAUACUAUCAAAGUCGAUGGUUACAGGUGGAAGUUAACCGGUUUCUAACAUUCUUCAAAUUCUCCUCUUUUUGACCACAAAAUAUGCUAUAGAAAAUGCAGGAAACCUGUAACCAUCGACUUUCAUAGGGUUUCUUUUUUUGGGAGUUAACCCGUUUCCAACAUUCUUCGAAGUCUCUUCUUUUGUGUUCAAUAGAGGAAAGCAACUCAUAAACCAGUGGAGGGUGAGUAAAUCUUUGGGUGAACUGUCCAUUUAAUGGUUCCAUCACCUUUAAAGCUGAUGAAUGCUAACGGUUCAGCCAAUCAGACAACAGUACAGCUGAUCACAUUCAUGACUCCUCAAUGUUAUUAUUCGAUGCUGUCGUUCAGAAGAGAGGUUGUUCGUUGUUCAUUUGAGAUUAUUGUCAUCGGUUUGUUCAUUUGUUUUUACAUAUUUGCAUUUGUGGUGUUUCUUAAAUAAAAUGAAGACGUAAAAAUGUUA